CAGCUGCGCCUGGUUCUCCACCAGCUUCGCCUACUACGGCCUGUCCAUGGACCUGCAGAAGUUCGGCGUCGGCAUCUACCUGAUCCAGGUCAUCUUCGGGGCCGUGGACAUCCCCGCCAAGCUGCUCAUCAUGGCCACCAUGAGCACGCUGGGGCGGCGCCCCUCGCUGAGCGGCGCCCUAACCUUCGCCGGCACCGCCGUGCUCGCCAACCUGCUGGUGCCCCACGAUCUGCAGACCCUGAGGACCUGUCUGGCUGUGCUGGGCAAGGGCUGUCUGGCUGCCUCCUUCCAGUGCUGCUACCUCUACUCCGCGGAGCUGUACCCCACUGUCAUCCGACAGAAUGGCAUGGGGUGGGUGAGCAUGAUGGCCCGGCUGGGGGCCAUGGUCGCCCCCUUGGUGCAGCUGCUGGGGGAAGCGCAGGGGCAGAAGGCGGCGAAGGCUCCGCCCAAAAAGGAGGAGCUUGUGCUGAAAGAGGUCAAGCAUUCGCUGCUGAAAGAGGCCAUAUGA